UUUACGUCAAGUUAAAAAUGCUCACGUAGUUUCAUCACCUAUUUUUGCUGUUUUGCGUGAGUUUUUGUCAUACUUUAUAAAAGAGACAGAUUCGUGAUGUACCUUUAGACAGACAGCAUUGAUGCAGGUAUGCGCCACACACUGCAGGAGCUCUGAAAUUCAAAAGAUCAAAAUGAGCAACGCUUCAAGUUCGCGACAUAUUCUUUCCCCUGAUGUGCCAGACUUUCAUGGGAAGAGGGCGUCCUUGCCGUAUGCUCCGAACCAAACAGAGUUGAGACGACUCAGAUUGAACAGGCAAAUAUCUACGAGUCACCCCAAACUUCCAAGCAGCGGCGGUAAUUCAGUGGAUAAUCUCAUACCAGCAGAACAGUCCAGAUCCAACAGCAUUAUCCGCUUGUCUGACAUUAAACGGAACCUGAGUGCCAGUAACCUAGCAGCAUUAUCAGACAGUAACUUGUCCAUCAAGAAAGCACUACCUCUACGAAGCUAUGAUACUCCUAACACCUUUGGCUCAACGGCCAAACACCUCUAUGUUCAGCUGGUCAAACAGUGUUACUAUCAGCUGACUGAAGGAUGUGGAAACGAGGACUGCCAGAACAAGUUUUGCCGUUCAUGUAAAGACAGCAAGAAAGAUAUUCGGGAUAAAGCUGCCAUUUUCAGUAUUCAAAUGGCAUCAAGCCACAAACUUCCCUUAUGUAGACCCGAUAGAUUCGUCGAUCGUCCCCUGCCACAGGAAGUUUUCAAACCACCCAACGGAAAUUCAAAGCCUUUCCUUCAUGCCCUCUUCUCCUCUACUCCAUUCAAGUCGCUCUUUGCCACCCAGUCAAAGUGGGUCGACUCCAAAAAGAAAUUCCCCACAAAAAAUCCAACGUCAACUGUAGUCCCACCAAGCAAGAGAGGUGACGCAGUCAUCGAUAUGUGUUUUAAUAAACCUCCGAGUGGUGCUGGUAAGAGAGGAUCAUCGAGUCCAAUGAGAAGCAAAUUUACGCCAAAUAGCAGUCCAAAGUUUACCCAUAAAGAUGAGUAUGAAGGACAACAAAGCACCCGAGGACAGACUGAGAGUUAUUCCCAACAGCAGAGGAUGUUUGGGAAGAAGUUAACACAGUUGUCACAUCAAAACAGUGCCCCAAACCUUGCUUACUGUGGAGAGUCUGAUGCCACACAUCUUUGGUCAGACGACUUUAGCUCGGAUGAACUCUUGAUUAAUCAUCACAGGUCGAGUAGCACACCUGUGGGUAGCUAUGGUAACCUGAGUGUUUCCUCCGCUAUCAGUUUCGGGAGUGGUCCACCCGAAUCCUACCCAUCAAUGACAAGUUCUCCCGCACGGCUCCUUUCCUCUCAAGAGGCCCUUGAUGAAACGGAAGAUAUUAGAGAGUUUGAGAGGACAGUUUCCUUAGAGAUGUCUUGGGAUGGGGUUGGGGAGUUCUCGUUGACUCACUUGACUCUAUCAAUGCUUCAGGGAGCAAUUGAAACGUACAAGAACUCUGGAGAUCCCUCGUUUUUAAUCAACACCAUCAGAACAGUAUUCACUUCAUCAGAGGCACUCAAUGCUAGCUUCAAGGUUGAUGAUGGAAAACCAGACAGUCCUAUCGACCUGCCAGCAGUCAGACAAGCGUAUGCGUUAAUAUGGACAUUAAAACCACUUGAUGUCUUUCUGUCUACUAUGACUAAUGCAUUAGAGAUCUUACUGAUGUCUUUAGAUACAACAUCCAUACAAGCAGACGAGAUCAAUGAAAUAUUAAUUCUUUUAGAAAACCCACUGCUGGAGACUUCCGAACUCCUGCGGAUAUUCUGCCACGUAAUUUGCCGAUUGCCAACUUCAACGCGUCUUGCUCUGGUGGGGGCACUGUCCACCUACGACAAAAAGCAUUUUCAGCGUCUUCUGCAAUUGUUUAAGAAUUACCUGGGUUCUGUACUACGACCCAAUCAAAGUGUUCAUGAGAAUAUAAUUGGCAUUGCGAAGGUGUUAUCAAUCCUUCAUGAGGCCAGCAACAUGGCGGAAGCUGCUGGCAAUGUGGAACACAAGAAAGUAGAACUUGCCUCUAUGAAGGAUUACUACAGCAAUGAACUGUCAAGUAACAUGGACUACAUGGUGGAGUUUGGUAGAUGGACACAGCGAGCACAGCUCCGGCAGCAAGCAGCAGCUGAAGUGAGUCGCAGUGCAACCACCGACAGUGGAUUAAGUAGCAUGAGUAGCGGCAGUGGAUUAAGUGAUGAGCCGACAUGUAGGAAGAUCUCAAACAGUGACAGACAAUCCAUGGAUAUGGAAUCCAUGCUGGACUUUCCUUUUCUUCUGGACCCAGCAUCCAAAGUACGAAUCUUACACCUUGAUGCCGUCAUGCAGAUGAGAAGAGAAUACCAGGCGGCCAUCUUACAUCAAGCUAGGGUAUACCAGGCGCAGAAGUACCUCCAUAACUCCAACAAGGAAGCUCUUAAAGACUCCAUCAAGGCCGCAAUGUGUCCGUUCCUGGUCCUUGAGGUCAGGAGAGACUCCUUGAUCAGAGACACCCUGGCCCAGAUGAGAUUAAAACGUCGAGACCUUAAGAAGCCCCUGAAGAUUAAGUAUGUUGGCGGUGGUGAACAGGGUUUAGACAUGGGUGGUCUUCAAAAAGAGUUUUUCCAGCUCAUCACAGAAGCCGUGUUUGAUCCUAAAUACGCAAUGUUCACAUUUGUAGAAGAGUCAAGAACACUCUGGAUCAAUGGUGCUUCGUUAGAAUCGAGAGAUGAGUUUGAGCUGGUUGGGUCUCUCUUAGGACUGGCCAUCUAUAAUGGCAUCAUUCUGGAUGCACACUUUCCAACGGCAAUCUACAAGAAGCUCCACCAGGAAAAGAUGGAUCUACAGGACCUCCUAGAGGUGCAGCCAUCACUGGGGAAUGGUUUAAAGGAACUCCUGGAGUACGAAGGAGAUGUGGAAAACACCUUCUGCCAGACCUUUCAGAUUUCAUUCACUUCACUUGGGGAUGAGGUAGUAACCGUUGAUUUACUACCAGAUGGUUCUCAGAUUGCAGUCACUAAUCAGAAUCGAGAGGAGUUUGUGAGGUUGUAUGUUCAGCAUGUGUUGGUGGACAGCGUGGCUGCUCAGUUUGAGGCCUUUGCACAUGGCUUUCAAACAGUAUGUGGAGGGUCGGCACUACGUCUCUUUCAAGCAGCUGAGACUGAGAUGCUAGUUUGUGGGAGUCCGGAGCUAGACUUUGAAGCGUUGGAAGCUUCGGCUACCUAUGAGGACGGCUACACAAGGACGCAUUCCACCAUCAUAGCAUUCUGGACAAUAGUGCAUUCACUAAGCAUAAAAAAGAAGAGAAAACUUCUCCACUUUAUCACAGGAAGUGACAAAGUCCCCUUGAAGGGUUUGUCCAAGCUGCCUAUAGUUAUCCAGCGUAAUGGACCCGAGUCGGAUCGUCUCCCUACUGCCAUGACUUGCUUCAAUCGUCUACUGCUGCCAGCUUACAACAGUCAGGAGGUACUGAAACAGAAGUUACUUGUUGCCAUUGAGAACAGUAAAGGAUUUGGAUUGACAUGACUGUGUGUGUCUGGUUUGUUGUGGAUAGGACUUGUUAAAGGAAAGAAAGGAAGGGAGUGAAAAGGUAUCAGUGCAAUUUUUGGAAUGUAAUAGAGUAGGAUAAAAGAGACGGUUAAGGAAAAUAAAAGAUGGUCUAGUUGGUAUGAAACUGCUCUAGAAUUGCAAAGGUCGUGGGUUGGAAUCCCACCUGAGUAAUAUGCCUG